AUGCUUAAUCAUUACACCGAAAGAAAUAAGUAUCACUUAGCCAAUAAAAUCCUUCGAGGACAAUGUAUGACCGUGUCGGGCGUAGAACGCAUCCGCAAUCGACUCUCUUUAGAAUGUGACCAACUCGCAACACAAAUCGACACCCCAUUAACGCCAGAAAUGCGGUGGGAAAAGAUACAGAACGAACUUAACGUCAAAGAGUUCCAAAUAGAAUCAUAUGUAAGGAGUAAUUUAGACAAUACAGAAGUCAGAUCAGUGUGUGUACUUCCAACAUGCUACCCCCUCAUCAGAGGUGUAUUACAAAAUAUUGACCGAGUCAACGGCUUCUUCCCUAACUUUGUCGAAACGGAAAUGCGUGACGACUUCUUCCAAAACAAUAUUAUAGUGCUUCGGAACACACAGAACUACUCGAGAGUCACACACACGUACUAUUAUAAAGACAUAACACAGGACGAAUGCAUUAGGGUUUUCUCCAAUUUCCAACAAAACGGAUUUGAUCAUUACAUCUUCCACGCAAAGAAAGACGGGAAGAGUUGUGUGUUCACAAUGGAAGUCAAAGCACCGAUUAACUCAACACAAGUGACUUCAGUUAUUCAUUUGUUCAACGUCGAAAGGUGUUUCAUAGGAAACAUGUACGACCACAUCAAUGGCGACCAAGAGUUUUCCGACUUGAUGUUAAUGGAGAGGCAAAUGAAUAAGUUGAUAUACAACAAUGAAUUCUUCCCAGUGGUUAUUCAUCGCAAUUCAAAAUUCAAUGUCUUUGCAAACCACGACUUCUCUGAAAUAGUGAUUAAGGGCGAAAGCAGAUUCAGACAGAAACAACAGACUUACGUGGAAAACUUAUUGCGAAUGGCAGAACACGACAUUCUGUUCGCAACAACACAGCAAAUCAAGAAGGGAAGGAUUCUCACUUACUACCACAAACAAUCAAACUUCUUGAACGGCACAGUACUCACGACGGAUCUGUGUGUUGGGAUGAAACAAAUAGAGGGGUGCGUCUUCAUCGGAUCGCAAAGUGUGAGUCCGAAGAUAUCAGGGUGCACUUGUAAGCAUCCCCAAAGUGACAAUUUCAGUGUAGUGUUGUCGUGUGAACGCGUCGAAUUUUUUAGGGACCACGCAGUCACGUCUUUUUAUCAUCAUUUUUUCACGCCAUUUUUGUCGGCUGUCAAUCGGGAGACGAAAAGAAACUAUUUGUCUCAUAUCACCAUCUUAAUGUUAUCGUCUCGAAUUUGUUUAGAAAAUUGUAUUAAUUUUGACUAUCUGCUCAACUUUUCAGACGCAUUUUUAGCUGCCAAAAUGAUGUUAGUUAUAGUGUGCUCGAUUAAGAAGAAAGUGAUGGAAAAGAGAAUUGAAGAACGAAAGCCACAGAGAUAUCUCUUUGAAAGUGAAACACCUCUGACUUGCCAUAUACUGAAACUCAACCAAAAAACACUGAUUACUAUUUUGGGGUUUCUUCCACUCGAAGAUCUUUUUAAAGUGUCUUUAGUCUGUAAAAAAUUGCACGAAGUUUUGGUAUUCAACGUUGAUAUAUGGAAGAACUUCUACACGAUAUAUUAUGACCCCAGUACACUCCACAGCAAUAAAGUGUUUCCCAAGGUGACUGAUUAUCGUCAAGAGACCAUCAAAUGCUACAACUUGGCGUACCGGUGGAAAAGCCGCAUACCUUUAAAACGUGAGACAUACACUUCUUUUUAUGCUCCAAUCAAUUUCAUUUACAUCAAAACAGACGCUUACUGUGUUAUUGGGAGUGAGCUCGGGUAUUUCUCUCGUCUUGGGUUUGAGCCCAAGUUGAGGAAGUUACGGGAAGGUCUUACACUGAAACCGAUUGCUGGGGUGUAUUGCGAGAAGAACGCGAGCAGUUAUCUUAGUGUUUACUUUAAAAAUGGCGAGAUAAGGAAGUACAGUGAGAGUAAAGUCCUUUUCAAGAAAUACAUUGGGAGACCAUUCCAGAAAGUGUACUUUUGGGACGAUAAUGGAUGCGUUUCCGGUGUCGACGAGACGUCUGUGUGUUGUUACGAUUAUGUCAAAGACUCUGUUAUUGUGGAGUAUGUCCCCCACACAGUAGAAGUGACGGAGAUCAAGAAGAUGAAUGAAAAUAUAAUUGUGACAUCCUCUGAUGAUGGGACGAUAUGUGGGUUUGACUUACGGAGUAAGGAGAUAGCAUUCCGAACAGACUCACAUCUAAGUGCAGUGACUACAUUUGAUUCUUUUGAUAAUUACAUAGUCUCUGGAACAGCGAAUGGAGAGAUUAGAAUGUGGGAUUUGAGAGCAAAUGUCUUUUGUUAUGACAGACAGGUCCACAACGGACGAAUUAAUAUGUUGGAGUGUUUCAACAGAAAGAUAGUGUCUGGGGGACAAGACAGACAAGUUGUGUUGUCGGGCUUUGAACGUGGGUGGAUCGGGAAUAUCAACACUAUAUAUACACACCACUCUGCUGUUAUGGCAGUAGCAUUUAAUGAUCGGUUCCUCCUCACGGGGUCACAAGAAGGAUGUUUGAUCUUGUCAAAGUAUUGUUAA